CGGGAGCCGCGACAUGGCGGCGGCCGGGUGCGGCGGGAGCCGGGCGGACAACGGGUACGGCGGGCAGCAGGCGCGGCGCAGGAAGGGCCCCGGCGCGCUGGCCACGGGCUACCUCGUUAUCUACAACGUGGUGAUGACGGCGGGAUGGCUUGUUAUUGCAGUUGGUCUCGUUCGGGCAUACCUGGCUAAAGGCAGCUACCACAGCCUUUACUAUUCAAUAGAAAAGCCCCUGAAAUUCUUCCAAACUGGAGCAUUGCUUGAGAUUCUGCACUGUGCACUUGUAAAGCAACCCACGGGAAUUGAUUUCUGUGAGGUUUUCUUGGGUCUGGUACAAACUGAAGACAGUGUCCUCUUGUUUGUAGUGGCCUGGACAAUCACUGAGAUUAUCCGCUACUCUUUUUACACAUUUAGCUUGUUAAACCAUCUCCCUUAUCUCAUCAAAUGGGCCAGGUACACUUUGUUUAUAGUAUUGUAUCCAAUGGGAGUCUCAGGCGAAUUACUCACAAUAUAUGCUGCAUUACCCUUCGUCAGGCAGUCUGGCUUGUAUUCCAUUAGUUUACCUAACAAGUACAAUUUCUCUUUUGACUACUAUACAUUCUUGAUCCUGGUUAUGAUCUCUUACAUUCCAAUCUUUCCUCAGCUGUAUUUUCAUAUGCUACACCAGAGGCGAAAGGUACUCUCCCACACUGAAGAACAUAGGAAGUCGGAGUAAUUCCAACACUUUUUCAGAACUUUUCAAACAUCAAAAUGCUGCAGUUUUUCAAUACCCAGCACAUUUGUAAAGAAUAUACCAAGAUAAGUCAGAGGUAAAAGACCAAUAAUUUAGCAAGAAUAACCAAUAAAUCUGAUUCCACUGAAAUCCCAAGUGUAAAACAUUGAAAUAUUUUCAGCUUACAGUGCUUCAGAAAACUUUUAAACUUUAUAUGGCUUGGCAGUUAACAUUUUCCUUAAAUGAUGUGCUAAAUGAUUUUCAUUUAUUAUUAAAUGCCUGAAGGUUGCAGUAUGAGUGAUGAAGUUGUACCCACUAAAUGCCUGAAUUGGGAUUAUAUUACCAAUACCUCUUUUUUUUAAGUGCUUGACUGCAUGCCAGAAACUGUAUGUAUUGCUGUGAAAGCAAACAAUAUGCUCUGGAAUAUUUCAGGAUAAUGUCAGAGACUUCAGUGGAGAAUGUAAUCUGGCCAAAGUGUUUGAAUUUAGAAAGGUAGGUUGUGUAUUUAAAAGGUGACGGGAACAAGAACAAGAAACCAAUUACGGGAAAUGAGGGGAAUGUAGUUCUUUAGGAAUUUAAACAGUACAGUGUCUGACCAGAGUGUGUUCUCUGAAGAUCUUGUUUAAGCUGAGUACACAAAUGCAAAUGUUAAUUCAGAGGCUGUAAUGCUUAUCUGAAACAUUAAAACUCCUUUUAAUUACUGCA